AUGCCCCUGUUCGGGAGCAGUGCGAUAAGUCGCCCUGAUCGGCGUAUCGAGUGGAUCUUCCAAGUACUCCCAAGAGCGGAUACCGGCAACCGUCGCUACAAGCGCACGCACCGCUGGGCCACCCCGAUGCUAGAGUACCUGCGGCGGCUGUUAGACGCCAGCCACGUGUGCGUGGUGCUGCUGCUGGCGGGGCCGGCGGUGGGCGCGCUGGCGGCGGGCAUUGAUGUCGCGACCGAUUGGCUAGGGGAUGUCAAGCAUGGGUUUUGUUCCGAGGAGAUGGAUGGGGGCAGGUUUUAUCUGGGCAAGACGGCGUGUUGUUUGGGGUAUGAUGAGGGGAGUCAGUGUCGCGGGUGGAGGAGGUGGGGGGAUGUGUUUGGGGCGGGGGAGGGGGGUGGGCAGUGGGUGGUGGAGGGGGUGGUGUAUGCGGUUUUUGCGGGAACAGGUUACUUUUGCGCUUUCGGCGGCCGUGCUGGUCAAGGAGUAUGGCGUGUAUGCGAGGCACAGCGGGAUACCCGAGAUCAAGACGGUGUUGGGGGGGUUCGUGAUCAGGAGGUUUUUAGGGUUAUGGACUUUGAUUACCAAGUCGUUGGGUUUGCAUUAACAAUAACGAAGCAACUCUCAUACUACUUUCCCGACAAGACCAUGUGGCAGAGCUUCGUCUGUGCCAUGACAGCGGCUAUGGUUCUGCAGGCCUUCGAUCCUUUCAGGUCGGGCAAACUGGUUAUGUAUCAAGUGACGUACACCACCAGUUGGCAUGGCUUUGAGCUCGUCCCAUUCGUCCUUCUGGGCAUACUCGGCGGUAUCUACGGCGGGCUGUUUAUCAAGGCCAACAUGAUGGUUGCUAGAUGGCGGAAGUCCACCUCUUGGCUGCCCGGCCCCGUCAUGCAGGUAGUCAUCGUGGCCGCCGUUACCGCUCUCAUCAACUAUCCCAACCGCUACAUGCGUUCCGGAAACUCAGAAUUGGUGUCGAAUCUCUUUGCCGAGUGCACGGAGCAGUUCGAUGAUCAGUUCGGGCUUUGCAAGACGGGCGCCGCUUCUGCGGCCACCAUCCUACUCCUCAUUUUUGCCGCGCUUCUCAGUUUCUUCCUCGCCGCCAUCACCUUCGGCCUACAAAUACCGGCCGGCAUCAUUCUCCCCUCCAUGGCCAUCGGGGCACUCACAGGGCGGGCUAUCGGCAUCAUAAUGGAAAUCUGGCAGACUAACUACCCCAAAUCCAUCGCCUUCCACACCUGCGAGCCCGACAUCCCCUGCAUCACCCCCGGCACCUACGCCGUCAUCGGCGCCGCCGCAGCCUUAGCCGGCGUCACUCGCAUGACCGUAUCCAUCGUGGUCAUCAUGUUCGAGCUAACCGGCGCGCUGAACUACGUCCUCCCCAUCAUGAUCGCCGUGAUGAUCUCCAAAUGGGUCGGCGACGCCUUCUCGCGCCGCGGUAUCUACGAGUCCUGGAUCCACUUCAACGAGUACCCCUUCCUCGACCUGUCGGAAGAAACCACCCCCAUCCCAGACAUCCCGGCCUCCCAAAUCAUGACGCGCAUCGAAGACCUCAUCGUGCUCACCGCCACGGGCCACACCAUCGCCUCGCUCACCUCCAUCCUCGACGCCCACCCCUACCGCGGCUUCCCCGUCGUUUCCGACCCCCGCGACGCCAUCCUCCUCGGCUACAUCUCGCGCGCCGAGCUGGCCUACACCCUGCACACCGCCACCCACCCCCCGCGCUCGCUGCCCCCGGAGACGGAGGCCUUCUUUGCCCACCAGCCCAUGGCCGAUCCGCGCUCUACCCUCGACCUGCGCCCCUGGAUGGACCAGACCCCGCUCACCCUGCCCGCUCGCGGCCGGCUGCACCUCGCUGUUAGCUACUUCCAGAAAUUGGGGCUGCGCUAUGUGUUGUUUGUGGAUCGAGGGGUGCUGCAGGGGUUGUUGACGAAGAAGGAUGUGUGGUAUUUGUUGAAUGGGGCGGAGGAGACGAGGCGGACGAGUGGUGGGGGCGGUGGUGGUGGUGGGUUUGAGGGUGGGGGUUUGGGGGGUGGGACUGGUGAUUUGGGCUUGGGUGUGGGUGUGGGUGUGGCGGGGGAGGAUGGAGAUGCGGAGAGUGCGGGCUUGUUGAGGGCUGUUGGGCUGGGUGAGGAGGCCGGGCUUGCGAGUCCGGGGGUGGAUGGUGGGAUAUUACAGGUUACGUUGGAUGGACGUAAUUAUACCACCAAUCUUGAUGCUCUCUUUUGUACAAGAUGGCAUCCGGAGAAGGAUGGGACCGGCAUCAGGGACCAGAUGAAAAGCUUAGUUGGCCGCGGGGGGGACCAUACCCGCCGCAACGAUCAUGUCGCCACACCCAUCACGUCGCUGCGUGAUCCAGCCAGCUUUGCCCCUCCACCCAAACGGAAUCCCAACGCAUCGGUUGGGGCAACCAGCCCAGCAACCUCCUCAUCACCCGCUUCUCAUACCGGUCCAACCAUCCCCCUUCGGGCAGGAGCAACCGCAACAGAUCCGACAUCAAACGAACCUCCCGCUCCUCCCAAGCCAUGGCGCCUAGACACCACCGGCCUCUCCACCUCCCACCUCCCGCCGCCCCCAGGUAGAACCGACGGCGCGACCAACCGCCCUGCCCCUCCCACACCGCAAUCAGGCGGAGGCGGAGGCGGGGGCAGAGCCCCUCCCAGCCUCCCACCGCGCCUCCCACCACGAUCAUCCACGUCCUCUCCCGCCACGCCCUCCCCCUCCUCCCCGGCCCUCCCCGCCCGGCAGCCCGCCCCAGGCCCAGAGCAGGGCUACGUCAACCAGUCCGCCGUCAGCCGCCUCGGGCGCGGGCCGGCAUCUCAGUCCCAGGCUUCGGCAUCACCCCCUCCUCAUCCACCACCACCACUACCGACCCCAUCACCAACAGGCAUAACCCCCCAAGUCCCCUCACACAUGAACGAGCUCCAAUCCCGCUUCAGCAAACUCAAAACCUCAGCCUCCAACCAAUUCUCCAAAACCUCCACCCCUACCCCCGAACCCAACACCACCAACACCACCACCACCAGCGGCGGCGGGACCACCCUCGCCCAAAAACAAGCCGCCUUCCGCAACGACCCGUCGUCUGUCUCGCUGUCCGACGCGCGGGCGGCGGCGUCGACGGCCGAGAAUUUCCGGCAGCGGCAUGGGGAGCAGGUGGUGGGGGGGUUGAGGGCGGUGGGAGGGUUGCAGCAGCGGUUUGGGAGUGGCAAUGGGAAUGGUGGGAAUGCAGGUGGGAGUGGUGGGAGUGGGAUGGGGGUUGGGGUUGUGGAUAGUGGUCUUGCGGCGCUGGCGGGGAAGAAGAAGCCGCCUCCGCCGCCGCCGCCGAAGAAGAAGCCUGGUUUGUCGGGAGGGACGGUAGGAACGGGGCAGGGGCAGGAGCAGGAGGGUGGUGAGGGUGAUGAACCGCCGCCGAUUCCUAUGGCGACGAGGCCCCGGUUUUAG